AAAGUGUCAAUAUAGUGGGGAGGAAAAUUUCGAAUGCAUAGAGAGAAGCAGAAGAAAAAAAAAAGCUGAACCGUGAGGGUUUUCCAACUUGCUCGUUUUCGUUCACCAUUCUGCUGUUCCGUGCAGAAUGUAAAAUUGCCUUCGCCAAAGUUGCCAACUUACUGUUUAAUGUGUAUCCGUGUGUAUUCUGUUAUUGUUUACGGGUUUCCUGUGGUUUUUGCUAGUGAAAUAAUCAAACGAAAAGUGUGAUGCUACCAAUGAGAGCUGUAAUAUAGGAUGUUUUUCUUAAAAGUGUGUGCUCGUGAAUAACAAAAGACCAGUGCAAGAAGCGUAGGAAAAUGUGACUAUAAAUGCGUCUUACUGAAGGAAGGAUAUCGUUCAAAUCACUGCUAAACGUGUAAAUUAAGAUAGCAAUACGAUUUUCCCAAGGAAGCUGUGUGGGUCCUUCGGUUCAAAGGAAAAGGCAUACACCUACCAGCAACGCCUAUGACAGCUCGUGUUACGAAAAAAGGGGCAUGGAAAAUGAAUUAAUGUGCAUCAUGUAAUCGGCGCCCUUGGUUUGCUGCGAUGGAUCCUUUGCCCGUGAAAGAUAGAGACCGAUGCAUCGCUGGGUAAUGAUUAGUGGUCCGGUUUAGUGGGCUGGUCGAUUUUUACCCCUGUCUCAAUUUUGACGAGGAAUUGCACCAAAUGCGGAAAAGCGUUAAAACGGAUACGGGGAAAAUGCCCAACAUGGAGCAGGAAAUUGGCAGCUGGGAUUCGGUGCUGCUGGAGAAUCUCUCCGAGGAGAGCUUCAUCAAUAACCUUCACCAGCGAUACAAACGGGAUUUGAUCUAUACCUACAUAGGAACGUUUCUGGUUGCCCUGAACCCAUACAAACCACUGCAAAUUUACAACCCGGAUCAGGUUCGCAAGUACGCCACGAAAAGCCUUUUCCAGCUACCACCGCAUAUAUUUGCACUGGCAAAUUCGGCCCACCAAUUUCUGCUGAAUUACAACGAAGACCAAUGCAUCAUAAUGGCGGGCGAAUGUGGCUCGGGCAAAACCGAAUCCUCGCACAUGAUAGUACACUUUCUGACGCAACUUUCCGAGAUGCGACGCAGCCGUGCGCCAAUCUUUUCGCUACGCGGCUCCAACCCAAAUUCGAGACAAUCGACACCGAAACACUCUACAAUCAGUCGCGUUGGGUCAUCGUUCGAAAGUGCCGCACCAUCCGGUGGCCGACUGGAUAGCAUAAUGAAGUACAACUCAUCGAGACAACAAAAAUGCUCACACGAGAAAACGGUAGAGUUUGACCUGAUUUCGCACCACAAAAGCACGGAAAAUAUUCCAGCGAUGGCUAACUAUGGCUUCAUGCCCGUGGCCAGCAUGCCAAAGUGUUUGAAGCACUCCAACCAAUCCAUUAGCCGAUCGACGGAGGGUAACGAAUUUCCAACCAAAUCGACACUCAAAUCGUCCAGCGUAAGCUCGUGUCCCAAGCACAACUGCACCAGUAGCCAUGCUGACUUGAACCGAAUGUGCGGUGCAUCACCUUCCCCUUCGUUGCAAAAGCGCAGCAAUCUGAUGCGCUGCUGCCAUCAGAACAGCAACAACAGUACCCGAUCGAUUCAUAAAUCGUCUUCAUCGAUCGCACUUACCCACGAUCACGGCACGACAUCACCGUCGACUUUCCAUCGUCGGCAAAUAUUGAAAUCCAUCUCAAAGGAGGUGUACAUCCGCGACCUGGAGUUGCAAAAGAUGCGUGAACGGGUAGCACAAGCGGAAAUUUUCCUAGAGGCCAUGGGCAACGCGGUCACGGUGAAGAAUGGCAAUUCGAGCCGCUUCGGUAAAUUCUUCGACAUUGAGUUCGAUUACAAAGGCGAUCCGGUGGGAGGACAUUUAACAAUAUACAUGUUGGAAAAGUCCCGUGUCACUACACACGCUUCUGGAGAACGGAACUUCCACAUUUUCUACCAAUUGCUUUCCGGUGCCGACAUUCAACUGCUCAAAUCACUUAAACUGCAACGGAACAUCGAUAAGUAUGAAUUGUUAAAAAACAGUUUCGCCAAUGAGGAUGACAGAACGAACUUUACCUUCACUAAGCGUUCACUUGAAAUAUUGGGUUUCGGACAGGAUGAGAUAUUUUCGAUAUUCACCAUUUUGGCCGUAGUUCUUAAGCUCGGCAAUCUAACAUUCAUUCCAACCACCAACAUCGACGGCAGCGAAGGUUGUGAAAUCUCCAACGAGUAUGAAUUGGACGAGAUUGCACAAUUGCUGCAGUUGGAUAAUCAAAUGCUUUUCAAUUGCUUAACUCGGCUGGGUGAUAACUGGGCACAGCUAGAACCGGACGGCACCGAAAUCGAUGCUAGCUAUGCAUCUCGUCUCAAGUUCACACUGUGCCGCACGCUGUAUGGACGGCUUUUCACAUGGAUCGUGACACGGGUGAACGAUGCACUGAAACUCAAAACGGGUGGUACGGUCGGCAGUCGAGGGAAAACUAUCGGUUUGUUAGAUUUUUACGGUUUCGAAGCGCUUGAGAAGAACACUUUCGAUCAGUUCGCUAUCAACUAUUGCAACGAACGGCUGCAACAGCAUUUUAUCAAGAGUGUAUUGAAGCACCAACAGGAUUUGUACGUCAAUGAAGGGUUAGAUUGGAUACGGAUCGAUUACUUUGACAAUGCACCGAUCUGUGAGCUGAUCGAUAAGCCUUGUUUCGGUAUUCUUCACCUUCUCGAUGAGCCACAGGUCGUUAAUGAUGGGCUUUUGCUCACACGUCUACAUCAGUGCUGUGCCGGUCACACCAAUUUUCUCGCACGCGAUGCAUCACUGCCUUCUAAUUGUUUCCAGGUACGCCAUUUUGAAGGUCCUGUCGUCUACACAACGAACGGGUUCACCGAGAAAAACCUUGACCUGUUGCCGAGGCACAUCAGUAGCUGUCUGUUUCAAAGCGAUCUGCUAAUCGCAUCCUGUCUCUUCCCGGAGGGUAACCCGAAGCGUCACUCGAAUCGCAAACCAUCGAGCUUAAGCAACAACCUACGAACCUCGCUUCAAACGCUGCUAAAGUUGCUUGAACAGCGUUCGAAUCAUUACAUUUUUUGCAUCAAACCUAACGAGCUGAAACAAGCGAAAAUGUUUGAGCUGGGACUAGUGCAGCAUCAAGUUCGCUAUCUUUGUCUAAUGCCGCUGAUAAAUCUGUGGCGCAACGGACAUUGCUUCAAUAUGGUGCACGCACGGUUUCUGGCACGCUACAAGCUACUGUGUCAGUACACUUGGCCCCACUUUACUGGGACAAUCGUGGACGGCGUGGCAUUGAUCAUACGCAGUGUACCGCUACCUGGUGCUGAGUUUACCAUUGGGCGCAAGAAGGUUUUCAUUCGCAGUCCGCGUACCGUGUACGAGCUGGACGAAUUUCGCAAGGUACGGCUCAACGAGUUAGCAGUGCUGAUACAGAAAACGUACCGAUGCUACACAAAGCGAAAACGGUUCGUGACACUUCGUCACAGUCAACUGAUAAUUGCAACUUACUGGCGUACCUGGAGGGAACGAGAGAAGAUACGCCUCGUAGAGUUCCGAAAGCAGGCAUUGUGGGCUGUACAAGUGAUUGGAAGAUUUUUUGUCCUACUUAAGACACGCGAAUUCCUGCUGACACUGUUACUACGCCUGCCACACGACAAUAUGAGUCCAAUCUGUCACGAGUGGCCAUCAGCUCCAACCUUCCUAACGGAGACAUCCCAGUUACUGCGAACCAUCUUUCACCGUUGGCGAUGCUACAAGUACCGCAAAUCGUUCGAUCAACCCGCCCGAAAUCGUAUGCGUGAAAAGGUGACCGCAAGUAUCAUAUUCAAGGAUCGCAAAGUGUCCUAUCCACGUAGCGUAGCGCAUCCCUUUCACGGCGAUUACAUUCGACUGCGACAGAACAUUCAGUGGAAACGGGUGAGCUGUGAGCAUAACGAUCAGUAUGUUGUUUUUGCGGACAUCAUCAAUAAGAUUGCACGCACCAGUGGCAAGUUCAUUCCAAUAUUGUUGGUCAUCUCAACGAACUCAAUGUUACUGCUGGAUCAGAAAACGAUGCAAAUUAAGUACCGAAUUCCGGCAUCGGAAAUAUACCGUAUGUCGCUUAGCCCGUACUUUGACGAUAUUGCCGUUAUACACAUUCGCGCAGAUAACUAUUGCUCGUCGAACAUGUCCGAUCGAUCGGAAUCACCCACCGGAUGUUUGUUUCAGUCGGAAAUAGGCAAAAAGAAGGGCGACUUUGUGUUUCAAACUGCACAUUCAAUUGAGAUAGUCACGAAACUCUUCCUGGUGAUCCAGAAUGCCACUGCCAAAUCACCGGAAGUGACCAUCAGUACCGAUUUCGAGGCCAAUUUCGGUGGACAGACGGUCAUAUUCACCUUCAAGUGUGGUGGCCUGGUAGACAAUCCGUACAAUCAGACACGCGUAACGCGCAAAGGCAAUCGGAUGGAGGUGAUCGUGUAACAAAACGCCUCCCCACCGGCACAGACGGCACUAAUGGAUUGUCGUGCCCGGCGACGUUCACUGCUGGUGGUCGACAGCUACACCGAUGACGACGGUAUGGAGUUUGGGGUCCGGGGUCUCGAGUUUGCUUAGAAGCUGUUUUUCGAUACAGAUACAAACAAAACAUCGCUACCGUUUUGAAGCACAAGGACGCGCCAACGAUGUAAUGGCGUGCAACGGAAUUAAUCAUCAAUUAGCCAAAAAUAAGAGACAACGGUUGUACUGAUCCUGUCGAUUGGUUAACCUUUGGGGCAAUUUAAGCAAGCAAUUCUUUACCUAGUAGCACAUUUAAAUCUAGAUCUAAAACUAUCGACAAAACUAUUAGAAAUUCCUAACGAGCGGCAAAGUAAGUCUUAUCCCUUUUCCCCAUCCUGGUGCGCGCUUCAUUAAACACAGUUCGAACGCUCCUUCCCUGCAGUACGACCCUAAUAUAGCAAUGUUUUUGAGGCGCAAUUAUGCGUGCAUAUAUCGAGAAUUAUCGCAAGAGAAUUGUAUUUUGUUACACACAAGUUAAGGGUAGUUUUCCUUAUAAAUGUAUUUCCUCUGUACUGUGUAUCGAUGGGCCACGGAUAAGACAAGCUGGACUAAAGGAUAUGAAGACUUGUGUGCGCGCGCGUGUGUGUGUGCGUGUUUUAUAUAAACUUUCUGAGUCAGAGGGCAACUGUAUGAAUGUAGCGCAAAUCGGAGAUAGUGUUUUUUAGUUCGUUGAUCGAAUUUACAAAACAAUUCACCUACACUGGCUGGACUGCACGAUGGUUGUCCAUUCGGUGUCACCGUCGGAACGGUUGCGCAUCAAGCAACGUGUUACAAAUAACCAGUCGAGAGGACGAUAGUUGAUGUUAGUUGAAGUUUCCACGUAAGAUUUUACCAUGGAUGCAUAUAGUGUAAUGUGUUUUACCCUAGUAGGUACCAGUGAGUGCAAAUUUCCUUAGCUGUCGCUGCAUGAGAGCAACAAUAUACUAGUCGGAUGAUGGGUUGUUUGCGAUGGUAACAACAUAAACCGAGUUUAGCAUGUUUAGAACAAUCGAAUCAUUAGAUGUGUGCGCGUAUCGGAACAUACGGUUCAAUUGUUUGCACCGUUGCACAGUUGGAAGGAUUUUUGUUUCGUUUCCCGAACCGAACUAUUCAAAAGUACGUAAUUAGUCCUUGAUGCAAUGUGUAUGCGCUGGGUGAACAUUUGACCCGUUUGCUUCGAAACAAACGCAACCACCGUAAAACUAUAGCAAUGAAUGGAAAACGUUUGUCAAAUUAACACUCCAAACAACAGCAACAACAACAAAAAAAAACGCUCACACACACAAGAAACAGUAGAUAGUUGAUUUGUUAAUGUAACCUGAAACAAACACACUAUGGCCCCGUGGUGGUCGCUCUCGUCGUCGUCGUUGUCGUCGUCGUAAUCGUGAUAUGUUAGCAAUUCCUACGUUUUUUAAACCAUACGGGACCCAUAAGCUAGGUUUUAUACGCACAGCAGCAGCAGCAGCAGCAGCAAUCCGCAAAUGAGCAGCGGGGGAUCUAUUUUGAUAAUAGUUUUCCCGCGUCUAGAGCCUUACCUGUUGAAUUAAUUAGUCGUAAUCGAAGUCACAUUUUGUGUGUGUGUGUGUGUUUCCGAUAUGUAUUUAUUGUGCGGAAGUUCUAUAUUUAUAUACCUUGUUCUGUGUUCUCUUUUUUAUCCAAACAUUUAACCUUCGUUUUUGUUAUCGAUAGCGUCUAGAUGGUGUACAACAAACUAAUACGGUGUUAGUAAGAAAUGUGGCCCUGCAAACCAUAGCUGAUAUACAUCCUUUCCCCCUAAUAUAUUGUUUCAUAGGCCAAAAACAAACAAAAAAUAAGCGCACCGUCGUCUUGUUAAAAAUGGCGCCUCCGGUUGCGUCGUCCUUACAAUGCUAAUGUCCUCCUCUAUGGGUUGUGCGAUAUGAUAUGAUAUGAAAGGGAUUGCAUUCGUAGCAAAUACCGUGUCAAUACAUAAAGAAACAAUCACGCUUGGACGUUUUUAUUCUAAACGCUAAAAAAAAACAUUUAACCAAGGCAUUAAAAAAACAACAAACGUACCUUUCCACCCGGGCCCGGUUCAUGAUCGAACAGGCAACAUUGGUGGAAUAUUUUAUAAUGCGAAAAGCAUAGAUGAACAUUUAAUCUACGGAAGAAGAGCAAAACAAAAUGCAUAAACUUCUCAUUGCGUUAGCUAAACACUUGUCGCUCUGUAAGCACUUGACCUGUAACAUGUUUCUAGUCUUAAACCAUUGUUUGUACUUUUUAUUGUUCUCUCCUCCGCUCUUCCGCUCGAUAGACCGACCCGUCAUCCGUGUCUCGUCGGUAAAGAAACGGUGGUCGGUUUGGAUGGAUUAAAAGCUUUUUAUAUGAAAAACAAUCUUUAAAAUGAUAGCCCGUUUAGAACAAUUGUGCGCAGUGCGCUGGUAGAAGAUAUGUGCCGUUACAAACACAUUGUCUAAGCGAAUCAUAGCCCGAAAUGGUAAAUCUAGCACCACGUGUGCAGUGUAAUAAUAGAUGGUGUGAGUACGGUUUAGGUUUUUUUUAAAUGUACCACACUAAACAAAAAGUGCGGUAAAGUGUGUUGCUAACGCGCACUAUCACGAUCGCUAAACAUAACCUAACUACAAUUAAUAAUUAUCAUUAGGAAAACAAAAAAAAUAUCUCCCAUUAUAGCCAACUUGAAUUAAAUCUAAAACGAAAACCCAAAACACUGAAGUUAUGAAACUACUUAUACAGACAUUCAAAUAUUCGAAUAUACUAACAAACAUACCACUAAGUAGAAGAAAGUACAUUCAUACAUAAUGUUAGUGCCAAAAAUUUAAUUGAAAGCAAGUAGCCAAUUCACCAUAAACCUUAACUAUUGAAUGAUUACGUCGAUGCCAAAAAACGGUGGAAAACCCGGGUUGGGGUGGAGGAAAGAAACCCCCCCCCCCCCUGUCCCGCUCCGUCAAAUCCCUUUCCGAAGCGAAGGUAACGUUGUGACGUUCGAAAUGGAACACGUUACCCGGUAAUAACCGCACGUGCCAGGUGCCCAGUCAGAACCAUUGCAUUGUGAAAUCGCUGCACUAUAUGAAGGAGGAGAAUUUGGAUGAAACAAAUCAAUGACGCUUACUAAUACUUAUAAAUAUAUACAUACAUAUAGAUAUAUACAUACAUAAAUGGAAUAGAAAUACUUAUGAACUAUAUUGUAACAGAUGAUUAAAACGUAAACAAAAUGAUAUUAUAAUAUAACAGUAGCAAAGGAAGAAGAAGAAAGUACACUACAACCUUAGCAAAAAUACGGGAAGAUAAAGACACAGUUGUUAAACGGAAACAGUUUCAUCAAUGUCCGUCGCCUGCGGAAACUUCAAUAACGCCAGGGCAGGUCGAGACAUUUCUUCGUCGCAUAAAUCACACGGAAUAAGCCUGUGGAAGUGAAGAGAGUCGAACAUUUUCUAAACAUAUUUUUUCCAAACGAGAGAUAUUGAUCAGUCGCACCUUUUGUGUCAAACUGUGUUUUAAAAUGAUAACAACCGGCCGGGAAAAAGGAUUAUGUUACGGUUUUGCAAUACGUAACGGUUUAGAUUAUCUGUAUGGCAGUGCAUCUACUACAAUUCUGAAGAUCUAAAAGAUUUUUUUUAUAUUGCAUAUAGUUUAAUUUUUUCUAAGCAAUUAACAUUUCGGCUUUGUUCGAAAAUCGUUUAUUGCAUUACUACGUUAUUUGUAGGUAAGAGCUGGUGGCAAGCAUUUGGAAAGUUAAUAGUUUAGUUUCUUUUAGAAAUAAAACCGUACAGUAACACUAUUUAGAUGAAGGUAGAAUGAAACAGUGUAACAGACCAGAUUAAACAAAAAAAACACACAAGAUCGAGUUGAUGAAAUGGUGGAAAUGCAAAAUACAAACGCAUGUCAAAGCACAAACAGUGCCACCCUGCAAAAGGAUUGCAAAAAGGAACAAGAACAACACAAAAAAAGGAAUUAUACGGGAGAUAGAGUUAACAUUAGAGAUUUUAUGAAAAUUUUCUUCGACGGAGGAAACAUGUAGUAACUGAACAAAAACACAUGUAUGUGGUGAACAAUGGAAUGGGAAAACGGAACCGAGCGAAAUGACACUAGCGACUAACACAGAAAACGUAAACUAAUCGCAAAUGAGUAGUAACACUUAUCAGCACACAGUUGUGGGAAAGCAUGGAUAACAACUAGAUGAUGUAGUAUAAAUCCCCUCCCCCGAAUAGUCAUUUUUCCAUCAAUUUCUUCCAAACUUCUUCCUAGAGCGCGGUAAAGAUGAUGGACAUCAGCCAAACCAGUAAGUUCCAAUAAAUGGCUUCGGUGCAUAUUCUUGCAUUGUGACUAAAUUCAAAUUGAACCGGGUCCAUCUCAGUCUACUUCACGCUAUCAUGGGGAUACGUGUUGAAACUAGAUGCCAAACUUUGAUUUUUCCUUUUUGAAAAACAAAAAAAUGGAAAAAGUACGCAUCGUGGAAUAUCGUUGGGAUGUCUCUUUUAAUUUCUGUGCCAAAUGCAACUUAUCGAACUCGUUUUUGUAUGCGUGUGUGCGAUGUUUUUAAGACCCAACGAAACUUAACCACGUACCCCGAAUGCCUACCGAUACAUCCAGCUAUCGGAAAUGGAUGUUUUUUGGUAAAGUAAGUAAAUUAACAAAGCUCCAGACGAACUCAACUCACACUGAGAAAGUCGGCAGCGGCAUAAAAAAAUAUGUAUGAAAAUCAGCAUAUGUUGUGGGAGCGAAAAAACACUCCGACGGAGAGCUAGUUACGAGCAUCAGUUACCGAAUAUAUAGUUGCGAAUAUAAUUACAAUUACUGUCUCACUCCAUUGUUAGAGCAAUAUUUUUAAUUAUACAUACAUAUCUCAUCAUUAACGAAGCAAAGUGCAAGAAGGUGCGGUAAAGAUGAUAUUGCGCGGAAGAUAAUUAAAAAUGCGUUAGCAAAACUCGAUUAAAAUCAUUUUUAAAACUGCAGCAAUUGAGAUGCAUGGUGAUCGCAAAGAGAAUGUGUAACACAACUGCAACACAAACAACAACAACAACAAACAUGGAACAAAAUACAAAAUCAUUUAGUAUCUUACCUAA